AUGGGUCUCCUUACCCCAUUUGUGCCCUACCACACAUCUGCUGGGUCGAAUACCAUUCGAAAAUUUGGUGGUCUACUAACUGUUGAGUUCCUGGAGCCGCCCCCGGGUCGAAGUUUUAUGAUGCGUCAGACCUACAGACUGGACGUGGAAGGACCUGUCUCGCCCGCGCUGCGGAAGCUCAUCGAUAGUCCCCAGCGGCCCGACGGCCCUGCAAUGCACUUCCACCGGUACCAGUCCGAGUUCUUCCACGUCGAGCAUGGCAUCUGUGUGGCUGAGGUUGACGGCGUGUCGCGCAACCUUACUCCAGAAGACGGGGAGGUCUCUCUUCCCGCGAACCGUAUCCAUCGUUUCUCCAUCCAUCCAGAUUCGGGCGAAUAUAUGACAGUGCUACUGAGUGGUUCGGAUGCGGGGAUUGAUAACCAGCUUGAUAGAGUCUUCUUCGAGAAUUGGUACGGAUACUGGCACGAUGCACUGCUCUACGAUGGGGGUCUUGAUUUCAUUCAAAAAUUACAAAUGCUCGAUGCAGGUGGACAUUAUACUCCAGCGCCGGCAUGGAUGCCCUUCCGGCUUUUCUUUGGCUACUGGACCAGUGUAAUCAUUGGCCGGUGGCUUGGGGGUCUGCUAGGCUACAAGCCAUUCUUCAAAGAAUAUACGACGGAUUGGGAGUUUGCCGUAAACAAAAUGAAAAGUUCGUUCUGGACUCGGCGCUCAGUUGACGGUUUUUGGGGCGCGAAGGAGCGCUGGAAUAGAGAAGCGGAGCUGUCUGCUGGACCUAAACCGACCAAUGCGGAACUCCAGUAUCUACUCGAGGAUGUCACAGCAGCUACAAGAGCUGCUAAGGCCAAAGCCGCGGAGAACGGCUUUACUAAUGGAUGUGCCGAAACCGGUGAGGUAUCUAGAGGAUACGAGGAGACUGUUGGCAUUUCUUCUGGGUUAAAAUCCGAAAAUGCUCAGGUUCGGAAGCGCUGA